GUGGAUGCUUAUAGACGUUAAGAAAUAUAAAGUUCUUUUAAUUUAAACUUCCUAAUUCUAUUUUUGAAUAAAGACUCUCCAUGAAAUGAUUUGAAUAACACAUUUAGUUAUCAGUAUUGUAUGUUAUUUAGCAAUCCACGUUUUAUCAAUUUACGUGUUUUAUCAUAUACUAUGUGAUCAUCAUCGUUAAAUUAUUUACGUUAAAAAAAAACUAAUUUUUAAUGUUUUACGAUUCAUGAAAACCCAAUUAAAUAAUUAUUUUUGUGUUAUCUUUUAUAAAUAACAAAAACUAAUAAAUUUCAAAUUUAUUUAAUUAUUAUUUUAAUUGGAAACAUUUAUGGAAAGGUAAAAUACUGAAAUAAAUCGGUCAUUUGAUUUGUUUCGUUCUAUUGUUAACACUACUCCUGAUUAUGUGACGACCUUAGACCUUGUAAUUAUGUUUUCAGUAUCUGACUAUAAGUUUGAAAUAACUAGCACUAUUACAAUCAUGCUUAUCAUAAUCAUGUACACAUCUUGUCAUGUGUUUCGUUAUUACACCAAGUAUGCAAUAUUUUCAGUAUUGUCAUUUAUAUCGGCUACUGUUUUCAUACCUCUAAUGAUAUGGCGACCAAGAGAUUACCGAAAUGGGUUAUUGCCAGCAUGGGGUGGUCGUCAAAUAUCAAAAAUUUUAGGUCUCACGUGGGAAUUUAGAGGAAAAGAAAAUAUUGUAAAGGAUUCUGGUUGUGUGGUUUUAAUUAAUCACCAAAGUUGUUUAGAUUUACUCGUGUUAGCUGAAAUAUGGCCAGUUAUGGAUAAAUGUACUGUAAUAUCUAAAAAGGAAAUUUUUUAUUUUUGGCCUUUUGGCUUAGCAUCAUGGUUAUGGGGUACAAUAUUUAUUGAUCGCUUAAAUGUUGAAAGCGCUCAAAGUACAAUUAAUAAAACUGCAGAAACGAUACGUCAAAAACAAGCACGAUUAUGCAUGUUUCCCGAAGGUACAAGGCAUUGUGGUGAUGAUCUUUUACCUUUUAAAAAAGGAGCAUUUCAUGUGGCAAUUUCUUCUCAAGUACCAAUUCAACCAAUUGUUGUAUCUCAUUAUACCUUUUUAGAUCACGAAAAACGUAUUUUCAAUUCAGGUCAUAGUGUUAUAACAAUAUUGCCUUCUAUUUCAACAGAAGGAUUAAACAAAGAAAAUUUGUCAGACCUUAUAGAUAAAACUAGGUCUGUAAUGAAUGAUGUUUUCAAAAACUCAACAGAAGAACUCAAAACUAAAUAUAAUGAAGUUAGCUAAGUCUGCAUUGGUUCAUUUCUUGAGAGUAUUGACUUAUGAUUUAGUGUAAGAGCUUGAUAAUUUAACCAAUAAAACUAUAAGUUAAUAAAGCUUAAUAGUUUUAUUUUAAAAUAAAUCACUAACAGUAUUUUUGACAAUAAUUUAUUCUAAUGAAAAAAUUAUAUGUAUUAUGAGUAUAAAUCUUUAAAAUAGUAAACGUAAAUAAUUAAUACUUAAUUAACUUUUUGUUACAAAUAAACUGUACUUUUUUAUAUAUUCAGUAAUAUUUAGUUAAUGAUGUCUAUGUUUUUC